AGCUUGUUCCCAAAGUAGGGGUAGACUUGCAUUUCUAAGCAGCAGCGCGACGACCGGCAAUUCCCCGAAAUCCCUAUGUAAGCUUCUCCUUAUUAUCCGGAUCCGACCUCAUCUUCUUCCUGCUGUAGCCAACCCCCUCGUUUCGAAAAAGCAACCACCAAACCUGAACACCGAAGGCCCGGAACUUCCUCACAAAACAAAAAUAAAAAUAAAAAUGUCACGAAUUGGCAUCUUCCCCGCAGCCGGCGGUCUCGGAUCGAGCAUCCUCACGCACCUAUUGGACCUCGUCCCAGCCUCACAACUCACUCUCAUCGCGCGCAAAUCAAAUUCGCUCGCCGACGCUGCGGAUGCCGGCGCGACGCUUCGCCAUGCAGACUACGACUAUCCAGCCACUCUCGACAGCGCAUUCGAGGGUAUUGAUGUGCUUAUGCUCAUCUCGUACGCCUCGUUUGAGAUUGACCAUCGGGUUAAUGCGCACAAAAAAGCAAUCCUCUCCGCGCAAAAAUCCGGCGUAAAGCACAUAUUCUAUUCCUCUCUGGCAUUUGCCGGAGACUAUACCUCGACCUCCGUCGCCCACGUAAUGGGCGCACACCUGGCAACUGAGAAAUUCCUCGCCGAAUUACACGGCACGAUGACGUAUACCGUCAUCCGCGAAGGUAUCUACUCCGAGUCCUUCCCCAUCUACACGAACUGGUUCGAUCUCCGCAAUCCCGUUGAUGAGAUCUGCAUCCCGCAUGACGGCUCUGGUCCGGGCGUUGCGUGGGUGAAGAGGGAUGAACUGGGUGAAGCGACCGCGAAGCUGGUUGCGCGGUAUGCGACGGCGACGGGCGGGAAUCCGGCGGCGGAGGAGGAGUUUCCGUAUGUGAAUCGGAUUGUUUUACUCACGGGGCCGAAGGUGUAUUCGCUCAAGGAGAGUGUGGAUAUUCUUGGAAGGGUGGUCGGGAAGGAUGUCAAGAUUAAGCCCGUUACGGUCGACGAGUAUGCGCGGUUUGAUCACAAGGGAUUGCACACGUAUCACGGUGUCAAUCUGGCGAGGGAGUGGGCGACGGCGUGGGAGGCGAUAAGGAGGGGCGAGACCGCGGUUGUUACGCCUGAUCUCAAGGAGAUUUUGGGAAGAGAGCCGGAGGACUUUGAGACGACGAUCCGAGGGUUGCUUGUCUAGAUGUACCAUAAAUGUGUCUAGAACCACUACUUACGCAGCAAUAUCCAAGGUGCUGUCACAUUUAAUACCAUGUGGUCCGAAGGUAGGAAUUAUUAAGCAUCUUAGUCGGCAGGCUUCGUUGCAUCGUCCACAUCAUUU